UUUGGCAUCUUUGGGCGCCACGCUGCGACCCCGUGCAGGGACCUGUUUGGUGUCGUUCCCUAAGGUUGGGCCAGGCUUCCCCGGGGCUGGCACAGCCAGCCAGACUGCCGCCAACAGCCGGGAGCGGGCAGGCCUGCGCGGGUGGAAGCGCUGCGGGGGGAAUUCUUUCACGGCAAAGCUAUCCCCUGGCAGCAUCUCAACAGGUUAUUUUCCAGCCAGCGGCCAGCUAUGCCGUUGCCUCAUCCAGAAAGCAUUCCUACACGGAAGGAAAAAAACCAAAGCAAAACCGCAAACAUCGAAGCACACACACCCCAAACGCGGCGGCGCGGGCGCACCCACGCCCGCCCGGGGUGCCGCAGAGCCGCUCCUGCUGCCGGGCUCAGCCGCCGCCCCGCCCACGGCCGGCACGGCGAGGGGCGCGCUGCCGCUCCAGCGGUGGCCGGGGCACGGGAGCUCCCGCGGCCUUUCUUCCCUGCCCGGCGCCACCCCCAGCCCCCACGAGCUGCCGGGAUUCGGGCAGGGUCUCCUCAUAGCCCAUUCCAGAGCCCUGCGCGCCUUCAACCCUGCUUUUCUGGGGGGCGGCAGGGGCACCUGGGAGCGCCGAGCUCCGCCCGCCGCCCGGCGCGCCCCGGGCAGCCCGCUCCUCGCCCGCGCUCCGCCCCGCGGGCCUGACGUGAGGGGCGGGCCCCGGGCAGUCCCGGGCGGCCCCGCCGCGCUGUGCCCGGCACGGGCGGCUCUGCCGGCGGUCAGGGGCGCUCCCCUCCGCCGUCCGAGCGGGGCGGCUCUCGCAGGAGGCGGCGCCAUGGGGCUGCACGGCGUCAAGGCGGUGUUCUUCGACCUGGACAACACGCUGAUCGACACGGCCGCGGCGGGGCGGCGCGCCAUAGAGGAGGUGAUAAGCGCCCUGCAGUCCAAGCACCACUACGGGGAGGGAGAGGCCCGCGCCGUCUGCGAUAAGGUCCAGGCCAAGCUCCUCAAGGAGUGCCACGAUCCCGCCAAGAUGUGCAUCACGGACCUGCGGAUUUCGCACUGGGAGGAGGCGAUCCAGGAGACCAUCGGCGGGGAGGCGAACCGCGACCUGGCGGCCGAGUGCUAUUACCUGUGGAAGACGACGCGGCUGCAGCACCUGACGCUGGCCGAGGACACGCGGGCCAUGCUCACCGAGCUGCGGAAAGGCCUCCGCCUGCUGCUCCUCACCAACGGCGAGCGGCAGACGCAGAGGGAGAAGAUCGAGGCGUGCGCCUGCCAGCCCUACUUCGAUGCCAUCGUUGUGGGGGGAGAGCAGAAAGAGGAGAAACCGGCGCCAUCCAUCUUUCAUUACUGUUGCGAUCUCCUGGGGGUGCAGCCCGCGGAGUGCGUGAUGGUCGGUGACUCUCUCGAUACAGAUAUUCAAGGAGGCCUGAAUGCUGGCUUGAAAGCAACGGUGUGGUUAAACAAAGCAACGACUGUCCCGGUAGAUACCUCCCCCGUACCUCAUUAUAUUAUUUCUUCUGUACUGGAUCUUCCAGCAGUGUUACAGAAGAUGGAGCACAACACUAAUGCUAAGUUAGAAACUGACCAUAUGGCUGGUAGCAAUGAAGCACAUUGAUGAUGGUUCCAGCAUCAAUGGUCUCUACCUGCUGAGCUGUUAGGUGACAGAUGCUCUUUUUAAAAGUCUGACCCUAGGAGUUUGAACUCACCUAUGGUCUCUUUUAAACAGCAGAGGGAUGAAUAAGAGUACAGUUGUCAGUGAAAACCAGACAGAAGCACAGAAUUAUAUUAAUUUAAAUUAUGCAAGUGCAGUUAAUUUAAAGCAACUGCCUCUGUCUGGAAAUUAUUCUGACAGACUGUUGCAGAAGUCUGUCUGUCUCUGACCUAAGUUGACAGUCUCUUGUAUUUAUAGUGGAAAAGAAAAUUUGAAUGUUCUGAGCUUUCACAUGCUUUGCUGACUUGUAAGCUUAGCAGAAGCUUCAGUUCUGACCUUGUGUGCAGUGUGUAAGAGAAGAUGAGAGAGUGUGGUACAAUCUGGUAAAUCCUCACAACUGAUCUACAGUUUAUCUCAGGAACUGGAGUGAAUUUUAUUAUUUCUCAGACUAUUAGAAAUGCUCUACCUUUGAUCUUUUUUACAAGUUUUAGAAUUUUUUGGACUUUGCAGUGCUUUUCCUUUUCUGGAACUUGUAUCUCUUGCCAAAAGUACUUAAAUGUACAUCAAAAAUUUGCUUUUUUAUCGGGGACCAUUUAUCAGAGGGACUUGAUGAAUAAGCUUUUACUUUAUAUUAUCUUGGUGCUUAUGCAGAUAUGCAGUAUACUUGUAAUUCAGAUUAUGAUUUUUGUUGAAAUGGAUAAAACAGGGAUAUUUUCAAUAGUGCUGCUGUACUGUCAGACUCUUCAGAAGAUAAUAUAAUUGUUCUGUCUCAUUUUAUCAGUGAAUUUUGAUCAGACUUUUUGGAGAAACUGUUUUUGGUCUUGCUCAGGUGUAUGACUACUCAGAUUCAACUGUAGGAUCGGUGGCUUUUCUGACUGUUUUAAUGGCACUGCUAUAUAAUCCCUCCUUACUCCAGUUUGCAUGUGUAAUUCAUGUGAUUUAUUCUGAAGAAAAUACAAGCUAAUUGUCUGUAAACGGCUCUCAUUACUCUCUUCCAGGAAACUGGAGAAUUAUGUCCUAUGUGUUACAGUACUGUAUACAACUUUAUAAGGUAUAUGUGAUAUUUCCACUACAUGAGAUGACUCUCUAAAACAGUAAGGUUUCUCUUUCCAAGAUCAUUUCAUUAAUUUAUUUUUUCUGUCCCUCAUAUUCUUACUACAUAAUGGGGAAAUAUUCUCAUAUUAAAUGGAAAUGUAAACA